UUAUUCAUUCUUCUCUUUCCUCAUUGGUUUUCCAAUAAAACUCUGUGCUUCUCCAGCUUUCAUUUUUGUCAGCUCAAAUUUUUGAAACCAACAAAAACCAAAUUUUGUGUGGGUUUCAGUCACACUCCCACUCUCUUCAUUUUCAAGAAAAGCUCCAUUUUUGAACUAAAAAAUAUUAAAAAAAGUUUGUUUUUUUAUGGUGGCAUUCCAUUUUCAGUUGCCAUGGUUCUUGAAUUUCAUCUUUAACCAGGUCAGAACUAACUAGACAUAAUCCUGCUUUCCCUUCGACCAUGAAGGCAGGAUUAAAGAACGGGUGGCACUCUGUUAUGCCUGUUCCUUUUAGGGGUAAAUCAGCCACUAGCUUUUGCGUUUUCCCGAAAGUCAAGUCAGCAAACUACACCACAGGCAACUCACCUGUAUAUCUGAAUGUGUACGAUUUGACAACCGUUAAUGGUUACGUCUAUUGGGCUGGCUUUGGAAUAUUUCAUUCUGGAGUGGAAGUCCAUGGUGUAGAAUAUGCCUUUGGAGCUCAUGACUAUUCAUCAAGUGGCGUCUUUGAAGUGGAACCUCGACAGUGUCCUGGUUUCAAGUUUCGGAAAUCAAUAUUCAUGGGGACAACGUGCUUAGAUCCUUUCCAGAUUAGAGAGUUCAUGGAACGAGAAUGUGCAAAGUACAACGGGGACACCUAUCAUUUGAUUGUUAAGAACUGCAACCAUUUCUCCGAGGAUAUAUGCCGCAAACUGACCGGUAAUCCAGUACCAAAAUGGGUAAAUCGACUUGCAAGAAUAGGUUAUCUAUGCAAUUGCGUACUUCCGGAGACUCUUAAGGUCACCGCUGUACCAAAUGACCCGAAUUUCCAAGAAUGCGACAAUGAAAAGAAGAGACUAAGAAAUGGCUUCAGUUGCUGGUCAUCAAUCUCAAUGCCUCAGAGAGAAGUAUCGUUGUCUUCAUUGUUUUUACACUCUCACUACAAAGGCUGUCUGCCACCAUGGGAGUUAAAAAGAUCUAGAAAAGGCUCAUCGAAGGACGGGUAAAACAAUGUUAUCCAUGUCUCGUUUCGCUUAAUCAGAACCAGUUCCCCAUUUUCCAAUUUCUAGCAGUUGAAAAGAAAUUAAACAAUUUCCUAUCAUCGGAGCCGGGGAAAGGGAGGUUUUGCCUUCCUCAAAUUCUUCCGCGAGGCUGCAUCUUCGGCGACUGGCUGCUGUUUGAGGUUGUAUUCUAUUGUGCAUUCCUUUUUUUUUCUUAGUUGGAAAAAACCCCAUGUAGAUUAUUCUGCUAUUAGUAUUGUUGUGCUUCAUUACAUUUUGUAGCAAUGCCAUUUCUUUUGGCUCAAAAAGUACAUUCUAUUUUGCAUUCA